AUCUCAUUCACAAUGACAAUUUCUCCAUGAAUUUUCCCCCAGAAAGUUGGUUCAAUUGGUGGGUGAGCAUGGAGUCAAGAGUUGGAGUCAAAUUGCUGGGAAGCUUGAUGGUAGAAUUGGGAAACAGUGUAGAGAAAGGUGGCACAACCAUCUAAAGCCUGAUAUCAAGACAGAUGCAUGGAGCGAGGAAGAGGAUGUGAUAUUAAUCCAGGCCCAUAAGAAGAUGGGAAACAAAUGGGCCAAAAUUGCAGAGCUACUCCCGGGCCGGACCGAAAACAACAUAAAGAACCACUGGAACGCCGCAAAGAGGCGCCAACCCAUUUCCACCCGCCGGAACUACCGAUCCGCUGAGCCCUCCGCCUCUGCCGCCGCCCUCAAGGACUACAUCCACGCCGUCACUUCCCCAUCCUCGCCGUCAUUGACGGAAACAAUUCAAAGUCCCGCGCCGUCCAAUUGGGUGGCGAAUAGCAACUUCGUCAUCGGCUCGCCGUCUGAGGCAGCAACCGGUCCGCCUGCCUCCGGCGCCAUGUAUGAUCUGCACGAGGCGUCGGAGCAGCCGUUCCAUUUCGACGCCGACAGCGAUGGGGGAUUCGAAGGCGGAGGAUUCGGGUCUGCUGUGGAGAUUCCCGAAUUUUCGUUUUCUGAUUUCAGUAAUACGAAUUUGUUUGGGAUGUCGAUUGAUAGUUACAACGGCGAGGUGGACGGUCCGGCGAUGGGGAUGGUCGGCAACGGUGGGGAAGAGGCAGAGGGGCUGGGUUUGCUGGAUAUUCUGGAUGGCAAGUGUUAAUUAUUUUUGGUGUUUUUUAGAAUUAUG